UAUCUGAGAGAGAGAUCGCUCAUAAUGAUAAACGAGGAAAAUCUAAUGGAAACUACUGCCAAGGGAACAAGUUAAGUAUGAGAGUUAUACACGACUAUUCUCUCCUUGUAGCCGAAACUCUCAAGGACAUCCCAUACUUCGGCUUCUACUGGACAGCUUCCCUCACACAUGACUAUCUCAAAAUGGCUAAAGUGGCCGACAAACCAUCACUAUCGUACCUCAAGCAAAUGUACACAAGAGGCUACCUUGACCACACCAUUCUCUUCUUCAUUAGUGACCACGGGCAGCGGUGGGGUAACUUCCGAUCAACCUACGCCGGGAUGCUUGAGGAGAGGUUACCCUAUGUCAUGAUAGUAUUUCCUCCCUGGUUUAAGGAACAAUACCCUGAGGUGUGGAUCAACUUACGCACCAACACCCGGCGACUCGCCUCCACUUUUGACAUCCACGUGACGCUAAGAGACAUACUGACUCAGGCGUAUACUGACCUGUCUCUUCCACCAACAGUCGCACUCCACGGGCAGAGUUUGUUCCGGGAGGUGCCACUGGGAAGGACGUGUAAGGACGCAGGUAUCAGUGCCCACUACUGUACCUGCCAACACACCACUGAGGUAAAGGCUGACGACCCUCGCCUCAUCGCCGUCACCAAGUUCGUGGUGAAACAACUCAACAAGGACCUUAGUGACUACCCCGCCUGUGUUAAACUAACCUUGGAUAAAAUCACAAGAGGUCGUGUAGGAACAGCCACUAACAGCACGACUCCCAAAAAUUCCAAUAGCGUUGUCAUGACGUUCUCUGUGGUUUUCGUUACUACCCCAGGCGGAGCGGAGUUUGAGAGCACCGUCAAAUACCACCAAGAGAACUACCAGUUGGUUAGCGAUGUGUCAAGGAUCAACCCAUAUGGCAACCAGAGUCAUUGUAUCAACCACAGUGUCUUCAGGAAGUACUGUUAUUGUAGAGAUAUGCUGUCAACCAAAGCUAACCUAACCUAACCACAACCUAACCUAACCACAACCUAACCUAACCUAACCUAACUGGUGAACGGUACUGUGGUGUUGAGUUUUGGAGUGACGUGUUAGAGUAGAGUGAGUUAUAAUGGAUAGGGUACAGUAGGGUGUGGUACGGUAGGGUACAGUAUGGUAGGGUAGGGUAGGGUACAGUAUGGUAGGGUAGG